GAAUGCCACUGUACAGUUAAUAUCCCGUCGAUCAUCCCUCCCCCGACGGGCCUCUAUUGUAGUUCCAAGUCACUUCUACCAUUUUUCACCAUGCCUAAAGCUGCGGCUGCCAAGACCCCCACAACCAAGAACAAAUUCGUGAUCGACUACUCGCGUCCUGCCGCUCAGGGCGUAUUCGACGGUGCAGACUUUGAAAAAUACCUUCAUGAUCGCAUUAAGGUGGAAAACAAGGCCGGUCAGCUAGGAGACAAGGUUAAAAUUGCUCGAGAUUCCAGCAACAAAAUCACCAUUAGCGCCAAUAUCCCUUUCUCAAAACGGUAUCUUAAAUACCUGACGAAAAAGUUCUUGAAGAAGAACGCUCUGCGGGACUGGCUACGAGUGGUUGCGUCAUCGAAGGACGUAUAUCAGCUCCGCUUUUAUAAUAUUGCGUAAGUUCUUCUCUCCUUCGCUCGGACUAUGCUUACUUUGGGUGAUUACAGUCAUGAUGAAGAAGAGGAGUGAG